GCGGGCCCGCGGUGCGCUUGUGGCGGUUCAGUCGACUGCGCGUGGGUUCAAGCGAGCGGGGGAGACGGUGGGGGGCGCUAAACGGGGGACCCUGAGGUGAGGGACCCUGAGGCGGGCGGCGGUGAAGGAGGGUUGGAUUGCGGAGGGGGUUGGGGGAAGGGGGACCCUGCGGCGGGCAGCGGUUAACGGGGGUUUAGGCACCGGUGAUGAGGUCGGGGUGAGUCAGCAAGGGUUGUCUCGCCAGGGUGGUCGACAUGGGGAGGGCACAGCGCCGUCAGCAUGAGGCUACCGCGGACCAUGUGCAGGACACAUUCAGUGCCCGCUCCCCUGUCUAUCGGUACCUGGUUGUCGGCCAGAAGGUCGACAACAAGGGGGUCAUGAUGCUCCGUUGCACGUUUUGCAACAAAGUUUUCCAAGGGACCCAAUUUCAAGCCACGAGGCACUUCUCGCAGACAAACUACUGCAAGGACAUCAGCGACGGUGGGCAUGGUGCGGCAGACCCCACUUUGGGUGGUGGAGGCGGUGAGACGGAGGAGGGCGUGAUCCACAGGCGAGCAGGCAAGGGAGCUGCAACGGAGGGGUCUUCCAAGAGGAAGGAAGGAGGAAGUGAUCCAGCUGCCACCCCAGCAGGGAAGAGGCUUCGCCAGCAGAAGGUGACUGUUGUCUACGGUGGCGAGUGGGUUGCUCGCCACAAGAAGGCAUUCCUUCGCUGGCUGUAUUCCAGCGGGGUCUCCUUCAAUGCCUUCCGCAACCAGGCGUGGAAGGCAUAUCAACAGGUGCUUCUUGAGCAGCCUGGCAGUUCCCCGCGCGCAGUGCUCCCCAACCACUGCGAGAUUGCGAGUAUGCGGGCGGUGGAGACCCACCGUGCGGAGUUGGCAGAGGAGUUGGAGGAGGUGAGGCAGCCAUUCUGGGUGACAGGUGCCACCCUCCUCUCCGAUGGAAGGAAAUCACGAGACGGGAGACCGAUCGUGAAUUUCCUUGCUGCUGGCUCUCGAGGGGUCUUCGUGUACAUGACGAUCAAUCGAGAGGGCGAGGCGGGCGAUGCAGUGCACGUCCUUCGGAGAUGGGUUACCAUCUUCCACGAGUUCAGCUUCGGUGGGCCGCAGCGGAUCAAUGCGAUAUGCACGGACUCCGCUUCUGCCUAUGUGGGGGCUGCGAGGGCAUUGACCUCGCCGUCCAUACCUCCUGCACUGAGGAUCACUUGGCUCCCGUGCUCCAUCCAUGUCUGCAACAAAUUGUUGUCAGACAUGGGGACGAGUUGCGACGCGUUUGUGGACGCGAUCACACGCGCUCGUGUGCUGGUGGUGUUUUUCAAAACCCACCAAGCCGCCCUUCAUUUUUUUAGGUCGCGCAGCCCCGACAAGGGGCUUAUUCUUUCUUGCAAGACGCGGUUCGCGUCUGUUUACUCCAUGCUGGAGAGGCUGUUGGCCCUGCAGGACAUGAUGCGAGGGGACGACGCGCAGGCUUUUGCUUCCAUCCCGUGGUCCACCGAUGUGUGUGUCAUGGCGCGUUGGGUAGAGCGGUACGAUGCUUGGCUUGUGGGGCAAGCCAAGAGGUACAUUCUAAUGCAGACGGGAUUCGAGUUGGGAAGUUAUGUGUUGCCAUGGCAGCGGGACGAGGGCAUGCUGAAUUGCCAGGCAGGACUCGAGCUGGAGCCUGUGCGCUCGAGGACUCGCAGGGGGAUGACGGAGGAGGAGAUUGCCCGUCAGGUUGCACUUAUUACCCAGGAUCCCAUCGGGGCGUCCGCACCACCCUCGGCUGAUGCCCUUUUCGAUAGACGUGAUUGCAUUUUUCGUCCCUACCCCAGCGAGGACGACUCAGACGAGGAGCCGAUACCCGAGGCCGCAGAUGACCCUGCGCUCCGCAUUCCCCGGGAGAUCGACGAGACGCACGAGGAUCCCAACUCCGAGGAGACGAGGGCACACACUACACGACGGGCAGCGGAUCGGGCGGAGAGGGAGAUGCUGGGGGGAGACGAGGACUUUUGGGGCCCAUUCGGUGAGGUCGCUUCCACUGGCGGCCCAGAGGCGCAGGCGACGACCCCCACUCCGAAGAGGCGGGAUUCGUCCAUGCCGCCACCUCCUGCUCCGAGUCCUGCACCACCAUCGCCCGUCUCGCCACUUCAGCCGGACAGGGAAGAGUUGGGGUCCUCUUUGCCUCAGCGCGGCCUUCUCCACAGAGGCGGGGCAGUCCACCAACUUAGGUUACGAUCACCUUCCCCGGGGAUAUUGCAGGAGGAGGGGGCACCUUCGGUAGCAGCAGUGGAGAGUUCAGUGGCACCAGCGGCGGUGCCGGACGCGACGAUCGCAGCCGCGGUGGAGGAGAUAGCAGCAGCAGCAGCAGCAUCACUGCUGGAGGAGAUGGCAGCAUCAGUGUUGGAGGAGGAUCCACCGGCGGCAGGAGGAGGUGCAACAGUGGAGGGGCAGGUGGCCGCAGCAGGAGGAGCAGGUGGAGGAGCAGCAACAGUGGAGGUUGAGGUGGCAGCAAUAGUGGAGGAGGAGGAGGCACCGUCGGCAGCUGCAGUGGAGGAGGAGAUAGCUGCACAGGCCGAGGUGCAGCGUGGGGGCGAUGACGAGCGCCUCAUGCAGCAAUUCCUCACGGAGGAGCUCGGUCCGGCCAUAGCGGGUAUGACCCCGGGUGUGGCGAGGGGGUUUGGGAUUUCAGAUUCGGAGAUGGGGACCCACUUAGACUUAGAUUUGUCGAUGGGCCUUCCACCUAGUUGCCGCGGGGCGACAUCGACGGACCGGGCUCCAUUGAGGGACGAGGCGCCAGGACAAACUUCGACGCAGACCGCGAGAGAGAGGACGACGACUGAGUCUCCAGAUGCAGCAUGCGACAUCAUGGAGCGAGAGAGGGCUGGACUUUUGGCAUCGACUAACCCGCGUGCUCAGGCGUUCGCACGGGCCGUAGAGGAGGCCAGGCGUCGAGAGAUAGGGGGGGAUUGUGUGCAGGGUGGGGUGGUGGCAGGGGAGGACGUUGCGGAGGGAGUGGCAGCAGAGCCGGUACCCGAGGCUAUGCCGGGUGGAGCAGAGGCAGCGGACGUUGCUGUGGAGGGACGGCCUCAGGCAAUGGAUGAGGCUGUGCAGGCAGGACAGCGGCGAGUCGAAGGGGCUAUAGACGCACGGCACAAGGUCCAGGAGACAGCAAGGGGUACAGUCGUUCCUUUCUCGGGCCUACACUUGGCUCAGGCCCGACAGCCGCAGGCGGUUCAGAUGGCAGUGCAUGGUGUGCCACCGCCCGUUAUCACGGAUUUGGGGUCCGAGCCGUUGGUUGUGCCCCCACGUCUUUCUAGCCACUUUGCUCCGCAGGAGGUCCGUCAUCCUUUGGAUGCAGAGGAGUUGGCGAGAGAGGCUGUGCACGAUGUUACUCGCUUGGACCGGCGCAUCUUCGACCGGAGGCUCGAGCAUCCACGAUGGCAGUCGAUCCCUUCGAUUCCAUGGGGUCCUGUGUCGCCCGUGUGGUUUGGGUCUACCUCCACCGGAGGACAUACCGCGGGACAUGUUCCAGGGGUUUCGGGUGGCGUGACGGAGACAGCGCCACGCACAGGAGACAUGCCACCCCCUCCUCCCAGAGCACCUGCAAGUGAUCCAUCAUCGUCGCCCACAGGCAGAGGCUCUCGAUCCCCACACAUGCCUGGGAGAUCUAGGAUUCGUGACACGACAGCAGUUCAGCAGGACGUGUGUGACACGACGAUAUUCGGGAGGACAAAUAUAGAUUUGGAUUCCACCCGCCGUGUCACGGAGCACACUGCACGCCUUCARCCRRGCUUGGGAGGAGGARGCGCYARGACGACYGCGGCRAGGGAGGUACYGGCWUCAKGUUGUGAGCCUCAGCGAGRUCKUGGCAGAGGAGUGUCCAYCGAGACCUUGGAGUACGCUCUGAGAGCAGCGACGCGUGCCRUGYAGGAGCAGACUCCACRCAAGYGYGGAGUGCCUCCUCGUCCACGCCCCGUGCCUGCAGAGGGAGGCGCAACACUUGGAGAGAGUUCGGGGGCGGAGGGGUUGGGGAUGCCUCGUGGAUCCCGCCGUGAGCAGACCAUUGCAGAGGCUAGUGCGAGGGUUGUUGUGUUGAGGAAGGGAGGAGGCCCAGUCACCAUUGAGGAGGAUGAUCCUGAUACGGAUGCGGCUGAAGGAAAGGGUCCCAGAAAGGGAGAUGUAAAGAAAGGUGACGGGGACAAGUAUGAGGGAGGAGAACGCCGAGAGAAGAUGAAAGUUAAGGUCCCUUGGACGUACACUCAGAAGAGGGAGGAGAUCAUUUUUCAUUGGGAGACGGCGAUGGACACGUAUUUGUACGUGCAGUUGAUUCCAUAUUGGGACCUCGUGCUAAUGGCAACUUCAUACCUUGGGUAGGCGCAACUAGCUUCGCCAUUUCGCCGUACCGAGCACCUCAUCCUUAAUAUUAGUGACCGCAAAUGGAAGAG